CCCCCGACCUCUGAACAUGCCCUGGCUCCUCAAGACGGUCCUCGGCGAGUCGCCCGCGAUCAUCGGCAAGCAGAUCCCCAUCGAGCUCUUCCGCACGGAGAGGGAGUGCGAAAUCUCGCUCAACAUCGUGCACAGCGGCGCGGCGAAGCGCAUCCUGACGGUGCUGAGGUCGGGGGCCUCGUCGCUAGACCUGGAGCUGGGCGUGCUGCUCGAGUCGCAGGCCGAGGGCGAGCUGCCGGAGCAGCUGAUCGGAGGCUUCCGCGUGACACACCCAGACCUUACGUUGCCCCACCAUCAGCCCCUCCCCCUAUAUCGAAACCUUCGUGAGCGUGCCCGCGGAGUAGCUCGCGACGGCCCGCGGGGCCUCCCUGGGCCUCCGCGCGCGCACUGCAUUGGGGCGGCCGACGCCGGCGCAACACGCCGGGCGCCUCCCGGAUGUCUUUGUGAGGCCUCGAGGCACGCAGCGCCGCGCCUGCAGCCUGGUUGUCACGCCGUGCGUCGGGAGGGCGUAUUUCUGAGGAGCAGAA